AUGGAGAUGGAUCUCAGCAAGGUUACUCUUGAUAUUUUCACGAAGCUCGAACAGAAAUGGCUCUCCCACUGCGACACCACCAGGAAGACACGUAUCCUUAGCAUCGACGGUGGCGGAACCACUGGCAUUGUCGCCGGUGCUUCUCUUCUCCAACUCGAACACCAGAUCCGCCUUCAGACCGGUGACCCUCACGCUCAGAUCUCCGAUUUCUUCGACAUUGUUGCCGGAACUGGUAUCGGAGGCAUACUCGCCGCCCUGCUUGUUGCCGACGACGGCUCCGGGAGGCCCAUGUUCACUGCCAAAGACGCGGUUAGGUUUAUCGCCGAGAAGAACUCGGAGCUCUUCGAGAUCAGGCACACCGGAGUAUUCAGGAGGAGCCGGAGAUACUCCGGCAAGAGCAUGGAGAGGGUGUUGGAGGCGGCGUUUCGGAGAGAGGACGGUAAGGUGUUGACGAUGAAGGACACGAGUAAGCCACUCCUGGUUCCUUGCUACGACCUCAAAACCUCUGCUCCUUUCGUUUUCUCACGCGCCGGCGCGUCCGAGUCUCCGAGCUUCGACUUCGAGCUGUGGAAAGUCUGCCGUGCCACGUCGGCGACACCUAGCCUCUUCAAGCCGUUCAACGUGGUGUCGGUGGACGGAAAAACCUCGUGCUCCGCCGUAGAGGGCGGGUUGGUGAUGAACAAUCCAACUGCAGCUGCCGUAACGCACGUGCUCCACAACAAACGCGAUUUCCCGUCAGUUAACGGCGUGGAUGACUUGCUAGUCCUGUCCUUAGGAAACGGCUCGUCGACCAUAUCCUCCUCCCCAGGAAGAAAGCUCCGACGUAACGGAGACUGUUCCACAUCAUGCGUCGUGGACAUCGUGCUAGACGGCGUUUCCGAUACCGUCGAUCAGAUGAUGGGGAACGCUUUCUGUUGGAACCGUACGGACUACGUUAGAAUCCAGGUGAACGGUUUGACGAGCGGCGGACAGGAAAAUGUGGGGCCGGCGGAGGAGUUGCUGAAAGAGAGAGGUGUGGAAACGGCACCGUUCGGAGUGAAACGGUUACUAACGGAGACAAACGGAGAAAGAAUCGAGAGUUUCGUGCAGCGUCUUGUUGCCUCAGCAAAGUCCAGCCUCCCUCCAAGCCCUUGCAAAGAAUCUGCCGUUAACCCUCUCGCUGACGGCCGUUAA